AAGCAAGCAUGCAAGGCGGAACAUCCCGAGAAGAAGUGCUGCUUUGCCCGCUCCUUCCCUUCCUUCCUUUUGCAAGGGAAAUGACAUACAGAUCUGGGCAGUGCUCCUAGCCUCCUCCUCCUCCUCCUCCUGCUUCUUCUUUUGCCAAACUUCAGCCGUGAUGGAGGGCUUUCCCGAGGGAGACGCCAACGGGGAAAACCCCUUGGGCGGCAACAACAUCCUCCAUCACCAAGGCUGGCUCACGGACCUCGACUCCCGACUCCGAAGCCAGGAAGAAGAACUGAUGCUGGUUAAAUCAGCCUUGGCGGAUGCAUUGAGAAGGCUCAGCCUCUACGACCAGCAGAUCCCUUUGCUCAGGCAGCAAUUGCUUGAAGCAAAUUCUGGUGCGCUUGACACUGAAGACCCUUCGCUCCUUCCACAAGGCAAACACGCUCUUUGGAUCCUGCCCCCGAGCAUCUCCAGUUCAUCCACUGUGCAACAACCAGAUAGCAAUAAGGAGUUGGUACCCCAAAGUAAUAGGAUGCAAGAGUCAAAACAAGUCAGCAUCGGGACACAGACAGAGGAGUCCACUGUGCUGGCCAUGAAAUAUGGCCACUGCCUCAACAAUGGACACCUUAAAUCAAUUGUCGAGAGUUCGUUUGCUGGAGAAAAAGCAGUCCAAGAUCUCUUCUGCACGAGGGACCCAGACUCUCUUGAAGGCCUUGUAAAGGAACUGGUGACGAAGAACUCCUUCGGGCCCCAAGCAGAUGAUGGCGAACAGGGCUUGGAGAUGCAAGAUAUCCAGGGAGACACUGCACAUGGAGGCCUUGUGUGCUGUCUUUCUAGUUCCGGACCCCAUGAAGGCCAGGAUGUUGGGGAGCCUCCACCCAAAGACAAAGCCCCGAACGCAGCAGAGGCUCCACCAUCAGCUCCAUCUCCGGAGCCAUUCUCCGAAGGAGGCAGCAGUGGCGGCAGCACCCCGGCCUCCCCAGUGCCAGCAGCCGUUCAGCAGUUGGCAGCCAACAAGAAAGAGCUAUUUCGGAGAAACAGCUCUUCUGACAAGCCCAGCCGAAUGAAGCAUUACGUGCCCAAGAAGGCAGCUUCCUCAGCGAAUCUCUUGAACCGCAUGGGGAGCCUUGAAAACCGAAAUAAGGAUCCCUCCCUGAGUCCAGGACCAUGGAGCACGCGGCGUGGGAAUUAUAAUCUAGAAAGGUUUUCGACCAAGAUGUUCCUGCGGGGCCGUCCCAUCACCAUGUACAUCCCUUCGAAUUUUCCCAACUACGAGGAGCUGCGCAUGGAGCUGCCAGUGGAGAAGUUGCAGUUGGACUGGGUCUAUGGCUACCGCGGUCGUGACUGCCGCUCCAAUCUCUUUGUCUUGACUUCUGGGGAGCUGGUUUACUUCAUUGCCUGUGUGGUUGUGCUGUAUCACCUGCGAUGUCGCACACAACGCCACUAUCUGGAGCAUACUGACUGUGUUCGCUGCCUUGCUGUACACCCAGAUCGCAUCCGUGUUGCCACCGGGCAAAUGGCUGGUGUGGACAAGGAUGGGAAGCCCCUGCAACCCUUUGUCCACAUCUGGGACUCCUCCAACCUCAACACUCUGCAAACAAUUGGCCUGGGAAACUUCGAGAGAGGCGUGGGUUCCCUUGCGUUCUCCACCGCGGACAACGGCGCAUACCUUUGUGUGGUGGAUGAAUCCAAUGAGCACAUGCUAUCCGUUUGGGAUUGCGCCCGGGGUCUUAAACAGGCCGAAAUCAAGAGUACCAACGAAUCCGUCCUGACAGUGGAGUUCAAUCCCCAAGACAGCAGCAAUAUUAUCACCACUGGAAAAUCCCAUGUCUAUUUCUGGACCUGGAUUGGGAGCAGUCUGACCAAGAAACAGGGCAUCUUUGGGAAAUACAAGAAACCCAAGUUCAUCCAGUGCUUUGUGUUUGACACCAAUAAUGAUGUCCUCACUGGAGACUCGGAAGGCAACAUCCUCACUUGGACCUGGAUGAAGGCAGAUAUCAGUACGCCAGGCAAAGGAGCAAAAGGGACCUACCAAAUCGGCAAGCAAACACGGGCCCACGAAGGCAGCAUCUUCUCACUCUGCCUGUGCCAUGAUGGCUCAGUGCUCAGCGGAGGCGGCAAAGACCGGCGUCUGGUCCGAUGGAGCCCUGGGCUCUGCCUCCUGCAGGAAGCAGAGAUCCCAGAGCAAUUUGGUGCAGUGCGCACCAUUGCCGAAGGAGACAACGGGGAGCUGCUAGUGGGGACCACACGCAACGCCCUGCUCCUGGGGAGCUUGACAGAUGGCUUCCAGCCCAUCAUUCAAGGGCACACAGAUGAACUCUGGGGGUUGGGCACGCACCCUUCGCGGGACCUUAUUGUCACCUGUGGCUAUGACAGGCAGCUCUGCAUGUGGGAUGGCGGGGAGCACGCGCUGGCAUGGAGCGUCAUGCUGGAGGAAACAGGCCUUUGUGCCGACUUCCACCCAAGUGGGAAAGUGGUGACAGUGGGGCUCAGCACUGGACGCUGGGUUGUAAUAGACACUGAGACCCAGCAAGUGCUGUCAGGCUACACUGAUGGGAAUGAGCAACUCUCGGUGGUGCGCUAUUCACCAGAUGGGGAUUUCUUGGCUAUUGGCUCUCAUGACAACUUCAUCUAUAUAUACAACGUGGAGGAGAGUGGGCAUAAAUACAUCCGCUUUGGCCGCUGCACUGGACACUCCAGUUUCAUUACACAUCUGGACUGGUCCAAGGAUGGGAAAUUCAUCAUGUCCAAUUCAGGAGACUAUGAAAUCCUUUAUUGGGAUGUAGCCAAAGGCUGCAAGCUGUUAAGGAAUCGGUUUGAGAACAGAGACCGGGAAUGGAACUCAUACACCUGUGUGCUGGGUUUCCACGUCUUUGGAGUGUGGCCCGAUGGCUCCGAUGGCACUGACAUCAACUCUCUCUGCCGUUCCCACAAUGAGCGGGUUGUGGCCGUGGCAGAUGAUUUCUGCAAAGUGCACCUUUUCCAGUAUCCUUGUGCCAAGCCCAAGGCGCCAAGUCACGUCUACCGGGGCCAUGGGAGCCACGUCACCAACGUGCGCUUUACACAUGACGACAGUUACCUUAUCUCUAUGGGGGGCAAGGACACCAGCAUUUUCCAGUGGCGAGUUCUGGGCAGCAACGGCCCUUUCUCCUCCAUCUCCUCCCAGGAUGCAGGGCUUAACACCUGAAGCUGGAAGAAAGGCACAAAAACCAUGCAAAACCCUCAGUAUUUUGGCUAACCUUUAGUGAGAGAGGGUGGUGUAAUCCACUGCUCCAUGCGUGAUGCCUGGAAACUGAGCGCUCAGGGCUUUCGGAUGCCUUGGGAAGAUAAGGAGUCUCUUCUCUCCGGCAGGCGAGAUUAUUUUUCUUUGGCUAACUGUGAUUCGCUUUAUUAACUCAAGGGUGAGGGAAACAGCCAGGACAAUGAGCUGCCAGAGGCUCGUUGCGUAAAGGAUAAGCCAGCAUCUCAAAUGUUCUGUGUAAGAGAAAGUGGAAAUCCAUGGGAGAUUUUGGAUGGAAAGAAGGGUUGAGUGGUGAGUAGGAUAUGGAAAAAUGUGGGGGAAGCCAUUGCAAUGUGGUUCUGCUCUCAGUCCAGGAAUGAUGGGGAAAUGGCUUUGGCUCCCUUUGAUCCCUCCCUCCGCACUUCAUUUACAUUCCAAGUGAUCCCUGAAGAUGCUGCAUCUGAUGUUUUAUAUAUAGCGAGAGCAAAGAGAGGCUUUAACACUGUGAGAAACCUGGUAAAAUAAACCUUUGCCUUCAGAA